CCAGUUUUCCUCGGUGCAGUAACCAUUCCGUCCAGCAGGCGGCGGCAGCGCGUAUUGACUCAAGCCGCCAUUAUCCCGUAGCAGAAGGAGGAAGAACAGAGGGGAAGCAUCCAGGAAUUCUGCCACAGUUCUCCUGAAAAACCUCCUCUGCGCCAUGGAAAUGUCGGGAGCGGACAGCGACUGGAGGAGCCCGCAGUUCCGACAGAAAGUCGUGGCUCAGAUCGAAGAAGCCAUAAGGAAGGCAGGAACCUCGAACACCACGCACAAGUCGGGCACGGACAUGGAGAACCACGUCUACGUCAAAGCCAAAUCCAGGGAGGAGUAUUUAUCUCUGGUGGCCCGGCUGAUCAUUCACUUCCGAGACAUCCAUAAGAAGGCUCUUGGAGGUUCAGUCGGCGGACCGGGACCUAUGCCCAUGCAGCAGUUGGUGCAGCAGCAGCAACAGCAGCAGCAGAACGCCAUGCAGUUCCAGCAGUUCCAGCAACAGCAGCAGAACGCCAUGCAGCAGCAGCAGAACGCCAUCCAACAGCAGCAGCAGCAGCAGCAGAACGCCAUCCAGCAGCAGCAGCAGUUCCAGGUGCAGCAACAGCUGAGGGCACAGCAGCAACAGAUGCAGCAGCAGCUCCAACAUAAUUCAGCGGCAGCAUUUGUUCUGAUGUGA